AAACCUGAAAAAUUCGUAAGAAAGGUUAGAAAACGGAAAACCUAGCCGAGCGUCCUUACUCCUUAGUCCUAGCCGCACGCAGUACGCACUGGCAGUACAAGCUGGCCAAGAAGAAGGCGCCGGAGCCAAGCAGUGCCGCACUACGAAUCCUUGCUAUCGGUCUCGGAAAUCGGCCGCUUUGUCGCAUAUCGGAAAUCGGAAAUCGCGAAUCAGUCGUUCACCCGCCGUUCACACAGCCACGCCCACGAGCCCACGACGGCGACGACGCCUCACAGAGUCACAAACGGCCACGACGCCUCACAGUCACGGGACUCUCACCUAGCUUCAGCCUUCAGCGGUUCAGCCGGUCAGCCCUUCACAGUUCGGUGACUUCGGUUCACAGCUUGUUGAUUUUGGGUUCAAAUUGUUGUGGGUUGUUCUUUGCGAUUUUCGGUUGUUAGUUCUUUGUUAGUUCAAUCUGAUUCAUCCCCAUUGUUUAUUUGAAGUUGUUGAUUUUGGGUUCAAAUUGUUGUGAUUUGUAACUGUGAUUUAAGGUGGUUGGUCAUUUGUUGUGGGUUGAGAAUGGGCGGAGAAAUUUUUUGGGAUUUUUCUUCUUGUUUUCAGUUGGGGAACCGAAUGGGCUGAAGCCUGAAGGGAUUUUUGUUGUCGAGUCGUGAAUAAUCGGGUUUAUCGUGUCGUGUUCGGGUCAUAGUUUUUCAAACCGAUUAAUAAUCGGGCCGGAUUUAUGUUGAACCCGUUUGCAUAAUUGGGUCAAUCGGGUGGACACGAACCCGAUCCGUAAACCAGAAUUGCCAAGUUACCCUAAAACCCCACCCUCCUCUUUCUCUUUGCGUUUGUAUUGAAAUGGAGCGCCAAGAAGAUCCAGCUCCAACGAACUCGAGCGCAAAAGACCCACCUUUGUGCGAGGAGUGCAAAGCCAACCCAUCAAAGUACAAGUGCCCAGGUUGUUCCGUGCGCUCUUGUAGCCUUACUUGCGUCAAAGCUCACAAACAACGCGCUGGGUGUACGGGAAAGAGGAACCAGACCCAGUUCGUCCCGCUCUCUCAGUUCGACGAUAAUCUGCUCGUCUCUGAUUAUAAUUUACUUGAGGAAGUGAAGAGGGUUGCAGAAUCUGCUCAGAGAGUGAGAACUAAAUUGUGUGGGUAUGCUCAUUUUAGGUUACCGUUUCACCUUAAAAGUCUUCGGAGUGCUGCCGGAAGUCGGAGGACAAAACUACUAUUGCUCCCUAAUGGAAUGUCAAAAAGAGAGAAAAACCGAACUCGAUACGACCAAAGGAAGAAAUCUAUCUCGUGGACCAUUGAGUGGCGGUUUCACUCAACAGAUGUUGUUUUACAUGAUCAUGGAGUGAAUGAAAAUAUGAACCUCAACCCCAUUAUUGAGAAUCAUCUAAAACCUGGGCCAUGGAAUCAUCAGCUAAGGCAAUUCUGUGAGGAACAGCUUGAUUGUCUCAAGUUUUUCAUCCGUAAAUAUCCGAAGGGUCCCAGGUCACCUUUCCGUGAGUUGGACGUAAAGGCCCCAAUAAAGCAACAAUUAGCCAAUAUAGUGAUAUUGGAGUAUCCUGUAAUAUAUGUAUUUCUCCCAUCACACAGCUUUGAUUUUGAAGUCGUUAAAGAUGCCAAUCCAGUUACUCAUAAACCAGAGCUUAAAGAUUCCGUAAGCAAUCCAAGCCCACAAGGUGUUCCCUUCAAGGAGGAGGAAAUAGAAGAUGAUGAGAAUUCUUCAGAUCCUCAUGUUUGUGAUCUCAUGAAGCAUUUGAGUUCAAGUCCAGUGCAUCAAUUCGCCCAUUGGAACAGGAGGUCUGAGAAAGCGACAAAUAACUCAUCAGAAAGGCCUUUGUUGGCAAGAGUGGCAACAGGCAACAGUUCACAUUCCAGCUCCCAGACCAAUGAACCAGGAGUUUCUGAAAUGAUGGAGUUUGAUUUUGAUCAGGGCUUAAUAGAUGCAUACUCAGAUCUCAUGGCAAAAAGUAAUCCUGAUGAUUUCCUUGAUUUGGAAGGGGAGUUUGUCGAGGAAGUGGAUGUAGAAGAAAGAAUAGGUCUCUCAGGUGUCCGUGGAGUUUUCUCAGCAGAGGAAUUAGAGGAAGGAGAGAUUCUUGAAUAAUUGAUAGUUAUAGCAUUUCUAAAGGAACAACUAAAAGAUGGGGAUCGAGUCUAAAAGGGCCAUCUGCCAAGAGUUGUGCUAAUGAUUAUGAUUUUAGUUUGUGCUUUGGCAUUGAGCUUUGGUUGCUCUAAGUAUGCCAUGAGAUGAUGUUAUAUUUUUUCUGAGCACGAUUGAGUAGGAAGAACAUGCUUUCAUUCAUAUCAAGUGUAAGGAGGCUUCUCAAUCGUGGAUAGCAUCUCCAUCACCUCUUGUAAUGAUAAUGGUGCUUUUUGGUUGAGGCUACAAUCUUUGGUUUUCCAAUUUCCCAAUCUUUUUGUCGUUUCAAGUGGGGUUUUGCUCACAAGCUACACAGGACAGAAGCACUAGAUCGAGUACAGCUCCUUAACAUCAUUAGUUUUGAAUAGCCUGUCUUCUUGAUUGGAGUCUGAUUCCUUCUUUGCUGGUGAAAAUGAGUAAGAAUGUAGUUGUUGUAGGGUUUGCAUGAUUUUCUCGAUAUUAUUAUUAUUAUUAUUUUGUUCAGGUAUUCUUCUUGUAUACUCUUUUAUUUGGGUGCGCCCUCUCGCUUUUAAAGGUUACUCAUGAAAAAAAAAAGUUGUAGGGUUUGAUUAAUUGGUUCUUUUAAAUGUUUCAGAGUGUCAAACUUUAUUCUUCUGGCAUCUUGGGGUUGCUUGUAUUUAAUUUCUUAUGUCCUUGGUGAAUUAUCUACAUCUAACAUUUUCCUGUUUGCGAAGCUACGGUACUCUAUUGUAAAUCAGAUGCUAGUUUUUCUUUAAUAUUCUGAUUCCAUGAUCA